AUGUUUAUUUCUUUUGACACAUCUGCUCAAACAGGACCGUUCGAGGAGACGGGUCGGUGUUUGUUGACCGUGGCUUUGGCCGGAGCUGCCUCAGAGUUGAGUUUCCUCCCCCCCGUGGCCUUGAGGGCCGCGGUACCACAACAGCUCCCUCAUGAGGGCUUUGAGCGGUCCCAAACAAGAGUGCCCCAUGUGGCUCUGCUCACCGCGGGGGGCGCAUGCUAUAGCCGGGAGUUCACUGACUACAAGGAAUGGGCUCUGCUUGGGCUGGUGCAGGAACUGCUCUGA